AGAAGCAGUACUUGCCUCUGCCAAGAUUAUCUAACCUAACCUAACCUCUCUUCCAAAAGUUCCAUUUGAUAGAAUUGGAAAGGAUUUCUAUUGAAAAAGGGAUGGACGAGGAAGGAAAGAAAAAUCAAGAAUCAAGAAAAGCUCAUCAAAACAGAUGCUUGUCGGGGCACAAAAAGGACACUGAGGUCAAUCUUGAUUAGGAUAAACAGACUUUGGUAGGAGGAGGAUGGAAUAAAGAUCCACUGUGCCGAUUUGAAAACCAUCAUCGAUGGGUUUAAAGUUAAGGUUGGACAGUCAUUGCGACAUGUGCAAUAGAGGCUUUUAUUAGUCUGGACCAUUGAUUGUGCUCUAAUUAUGGAGAAGGCCGUGGAUCUCGACUCGCUGCUUCAGUCGCUCGACGACGGCGGCGACAUCGACGCCGACGCCGACGCCGACCGAGGCCUCUCCUCAACUGGUCGCCACUCUCGCACUGUCGAUGAAAUCCUCCUCCGCCACUCCUCUUUGUCUCCUUCACCUCCUUCUUCUCCAUCCGCUUUUUAUGCUACUCACGCUUAUCGCCUUCCUCUGAGAGACAAACACGAUAGAGUUUUACCUCAAGUGUUUGGUAGUGGCGUCAUCAGAUCCAAUUCGAAGCCAGGUGCUGCCCUGGCCGCUGCAGCCGCUGCAUCUCGGUCAAUUCCCACUCCUCACGCCACAGCUAUCAAGCUGAGAAGGGCUACCGACACUUCUAAUCAGAGGCCAGUUUCCGAUGCCACGGAAAUUACUGCUGCUAGUGAUGAUUUCUCAAUGUCACCACCAGAUGUGGCUUCUAGAGUUUCUGAGUGUGAGUCGGUCGCUAGUCCUCAUUCGGACAGUUAUGGUUUUUCUGCUGCUCAUGAUAGUAAUUCUCAGGAAAAAGAAAAAGCAAAACCAGGAAAAACUGAAUUCUCUGGAAAUACAAAUUUGGACUUUGCAGAAGCAGAUAGUGGAUAUGGGUUUUCUGCUGAAGAUGGGGAGGUUGCUAAAGUUUCAAUCAACUUGGACACCCCAGCAGAGGUGGUUGAUCAGGGUCAAAUACCAUGGGUCGAUAAGAAUGAAGAGUGCACGACGGUGAAUGAUAAUUACACUAUCUUGAGUGAAAGUUUAAAUGAACAAGGAUUGCCAACAUCAUCAGAUGCUGAGGAAUUUGCUGAAGUUUUUGGUGCUGAUGAAUCUAGUGAAAACAACGAAACAGGUGGUCAGGCACAAGAGUUGAGCAAUUUUGUGAGAGAAGUGGCAGAAAGUGUUAGUGGUGAUGGCGCUGGUUCACAGGAAAAUGACUUUACUUCACUAAUGUCAAAUAGGAGCAACCGUUCAAAUCUGCUGCCAAGUAAUAAUUGUUUGCGGAGACCGUUGGACUUGGCUGAAGAAAUUGAGAAGAAGCAAACAUAUACAAGUUUGCACUAUGAGGAGGGAGCAGCUGCACAACCCAUGAGACUUGAGGGUGUGCAGAGGCUUGGUACUGUAUUGGGCUACUUCGAUAUUAACUCCAGCAAUGCUAUAACCCGGACCAUCACAUCACAAGCUUUCAGACGAGAUCAUGGUAUUCCUCAAGUUGUGGCUGUGCAUUUUAACUACAUUGCAGUGGGAAUGUCAACAGGGAUGGUUUUUGUUGUCGCCAGCAAGUAUACUGAUCGUCAGGUUGACAACAUGGAUGCAAAGAUGAUAUUUCUUGGGGCACAAGGGGAUAUAUCUCAUGUCUCUGUGUCUUCCUUGUGCUUCAGUCAGCAAGGAGAUCUUCUGUUUGCUGGAUAUGGUGAUGGCCACUAUACUGUAUGGGAUGUGCAAAAAGCCUCAGCUCUUAAAGUUGUCACUGAACAUAGAGCUCCAGUUGUUCACAUUUUAUAUCUGGGCCAAGAUACUCAAGUUACCCGCCAAUUUAAUGUGGUUAGCGGUGACAGCAAGGGUGUGGUCAAGUUGAUUCGCUUUACAGUUGUUCCAUGGCUCAACAGGAUUUCGUAUUCAAAAUCUAUUAAACUAUUAGAUGAAACCACCAGCCGAGUAGUAUGUGCUUGUCCCUUGCCCUCUGUUGAUGCCCAUGGAGGUAUGAUGACAACUUUUCAGAGUGGCAGUAUAGUUUCUUCAAGCAGUAGCAUGAUGGGAAGCGUGAUUGAUGAAGGUGUUGUCAUAUUCAUCACGCAUCAGUCUGCUCUGGUGGCAAAAGUUAGUCCCAGUGUCGAAGUUUAUGCCCAAAUUCCCAAACCAGAUGGCAUCAGGGAUGGUGCUAUGCCGUAUGCUUCAUGGAGAUGCUUGUCACAAUCACAUGCUCUCUCCACUGCAAAUGCUCCUGCGCAGACAUUGGAUAAAGUUUCACUUCUUGCUAUUGCUUGGGAUAAAAAAAUUCAGGUUGCAAAGCUGUUGAAAUCAGAGCUAAAACUACUUGAAAAGUGGACUCUGGAAUGUGCAGCAAUGGGCCUAGCUUGGUUGGGUGAUGAGACAUUGGCCAUCCUCACUUUGGAUGCAAAGCUCCAUUUGUUUGCAAAAGAUGGAAGUUUGAUUCACCAGACAAGCUUUUCUGUGGAUGGAUUUCAUGGUGAUGAUCUUAUUUCCUAUCAUAUAUAUUUCAUCAAUGCUUUAGGUAACCCAGAGAAAGCUUAUCACAACAGUAUUGCUGUUCGAGGCACUACUAUUUACAUGCUUGGGUCUGAGCAUCUAGUUGUUUCCCGUCUUCUUUCCUGGAAGGAGCGGAUUGAAGUUCUGCGGAAAGCAGGUGACUGGAUGGGCGCAUUAAACAUGGCAAUUGCACUUUAUGAUGGUCAAUCACAUGAUGUUAUAGACCUUCCCAAAAAUUUGGAUGACAUUCAAAGGAUUGUUAUGCCCUACCUUGUGGAGUUGCUUCAUGCAUAUGUUAGUGAAGUGUUCUCCUAUAUAUCUGUUGCAUCUUUCAACCAAAAUGGGAAGGUGGACCAAUCUGAUGAGAUCAGGGAGCAGUAUGCACGUGUUGGUGGUGUUGCUGUUGAAUUUUGCUUGCAUAUCAGUAGAACUGACAUCCUUUUUGAUGAUAUUUUGUCAAAGUUUGAUGAAGCACACCAUAAAGAGACAUUCCUGGAGAUCUUGGAACCAUACAUUUUGAAGGAUAUGCUUGGAUCUCUUCCUCCUGAAAUAAUGCAAUCAUUAGUUGAACAUUAUAGCAAGAAAGGUUGGUUGCAGCGAAUUGAACGAUGUGUCCUGCACAUGGACAUUUUGUCCUUGGAUUUUAAUCAGGUUGUCCGCAUAUGCAGGGAGCAUGGACUACACUGUGCAUUGAUAUAUUUAUUCAAUAAAGGUCUAGAUGAUUUCAGGACCCCUCUUGAGGAGCUUCUGAUUGUAUACCGGGAUACCAAACAGGAAAAUGCUUCUUCCACUGGGUACAGGAUUCUUGUUUAUCUGAAAUAUUGCUUUCUAGGUCUUGCUUUUCCUCCGGGGCACGGAAACCUCCCCUCUGCACGGAUACCCUCUUUGAGGAAAGAGCUAUUACAGUUUCUAUUGGAAGCUUCUAGUGCUCCAAGUUCAUGGGCUGCUGCAAAGUUAUCAUCAACAGGAACCUGUGCAAACCUCCUUGAUCUUUUAGAGUUGGAUACUGAAGCCACUCUAGACGUUUUAAAAUGUGCUUUUACUGAUGUUAGCAGUUCUAAUUUGGCUCUUUCUCCGCAUGAAUCCGAGAAUUCAACCAUAGAACGAGCUGAGUUUCAGAGUUUGGCUCAGAAAAUUGUGGAUAUUCUUGCUGACAUUGUUGAUGCGAGUGACUCUGAUUCGGGAAGCCAUAGACACAGCAAUGACAUUAAACCUUGGCCAUCAAUGAAUGACGUUUGUUUAAUGUAUGAUUUUAUAGCUUAUUUUGUGGCCUGUGAACUAGCUAAUGUAUCCAGAGACAUCCUUUGCCAAAUUUUGGUGUACUUGACCUCAGAGAUAAAUACCUCAGAUAGUGCUUCAGGGAGGAGGAUCCAAAUCUUGAAAGGAAGAGAAAAACAAUUGCUUUCGCUGCUGCUAGUACUGCCUGAAGCUCAAUGGGAUGCUCCUUAUUUGCUGAACUUGUGUGAGAAGGCUCAGUUUCACCAUGUUUGUGGCUACAUACAUGCUAUUAAUCAUCGAUAUGUUGCUGCAAUCGACAGUUACAUGAAAGUGACUGAUGAGCCAAUAUAUGCAUUCUCGUUUAUUCAUCAUAUGUUUAGGCAACUAAAUAAGGAGGAGCUUGAUGCUUUUGAAUUGGCUGUUCUUUCUCGGAUUCCAGAUCUUCUUAAAUUGAGCAGAGAAGGAACUUACCUUCUAAUAACUGACCGAUUUUCUGGGAGAACUCAAUCUAUUCUGUCUGAGCUCCAUGCCUACCCAGAAAGCCUGUUCCUUUAUCUAAAGACAGUUAUUGAAGUUCAAACAUCAGCCACUCUAAACCUAUCGUGUUUGGAAAAAGUCGAUGCUUUUGAAUUCCCUAGUGCAGCAAAAUUUCAGCAGCACUAUGCUGGUGUGCAGGAAUAUUUGGAAGUAAUAAAAAGCUUCCCCCAAUAUUUGCAGAAUAAUCGAGUUACCAUGACUGAUGAAAUGAAUGAGGUAUAUUUUAAGUUGUUAUGUCAGUUUGAACGGGAAUCAGUUCUCAAUUUUCUGGAGACUUCAGAAAGUUAUAGAGUGGAGUAUUGCUUAAGGCUGUGCCAAGAAUAUAGAAUAAUUGAUGCUGCUUCAUUUUUGUUGGAAAGGGUUGGAGAGGUUGGCAGUGCCCUUCAUCUCAUUCUUUCAAGUCUAACUGAAAAUUUUUUCAAGCUUGAUGCUGAAAUCCAAAAAGCAUUUUCUGAAUCCACUGUGGAUAAUCUUGAUGCUGUUCUGAAAAUAGAAGUGGUGUCUGAGAUACUUGAUACUGUGCAUGCUUGUAUUGGAUUAUGCCAGAGAAACAGUCCACGUCUGGAACCUGAAGAGUCUGAGCAACUUUGGUUUCAGUUGCUUGAUUCCUUUUGUGAACCAUUGAUGAAUUCAAGGAUUGAUGAGACAAAUUCUGAAAAAGAAAUGUUCAGGGAUGCCCUUGAUGGAUUAAUUGACAAGUCAGAAUAUGAAGAGGGAUGCAAAUACAAGUGGGAUUUCUCCAAAAUUCAUAAAGGCGCUCGCAUGAUGAGGAAGUUGUUCUCCAUAUUUAUUAAAGAUAUUGUUGAUGGAAUGAUAGGAUAUGUGCGGUUCCCGCAGAUUACAUCCAAGCUUCUAUCUGAUAAUGGCAGUCAAGAAUUUGGUGACUUUAAACUUACGAUCCUGGGAAUGCUUGGAACAUAUGAUUUUGAAAGAAGAAUUUUGUACACUGCAAAAAGCUUGGUUGAGGAUGACACAUACUACAUUAUGAAUUUACUCAGGAAGGGGGCUUCUCAUGGGUAUGCCCUUCAUAGCCUUACCUGUUGUGUGUGCAAUUCUGUCUUCACUAAAAAUGCCUCAGAUCCUGGAAUUCAAGUAUUCAGCUGUGGACACGCUUUACACCUUGGCUGUGAACUUCCAGAUAGUGAUAUCUCAUUUAAGGGCACAAUAGUAGAAUGUCCCAUUUGUGUUCCCAGGAAAAAAGCUCAAAGGUCAGGUGGAAAAUCUACUCACAUCGAUAAUGGACUGUUGAGCAGGUCUGGAGUGCGGAUUCACCAAGCGCGUGGCUCACCUGGUUUGUAUCCUCACGAUUAUGAAGGUGCUGAUAGCUCGUAUGGUUCUCAUCAAUCUUCUAGGUUCGAGCUCUUGCAUAAUCUUGAGAAAAAUCAGAAAUUGAUCCAAAUAGAAAGCGUGAAUCAAUUGAGGCUUGCACCCCCAGCGCUUUACCAUGAAAAGGUAAAGAAAGGAACUGAUAUCUUUGCUGGGAAAAACAAAAUUGCUUCCACAUCGGAAAAACUAAGUAGACAACUUAAGGAUGUCAAAGUGAAAGGAUCAUCUGUUCGGUUUCCACUGAAAUCAAGUAUAUUUGGUAAGGAGAAGAUCAAGAAGAGGUGACACUGGCGAUGCAGCAACUAUUCAUUAUUUUUGGUGUCACCUUCAGACAAGAAGUGGUUUGGCUUGGCUCGUCUUCAAACAGCUCUGCACUUUGUGCUUAGAAUUUUGGUUGGCAUGUCUGGUUUCUUGCUUUUCACUUUUCACUUUUCACUUUUAUCUUGCAACACCAGAAUUGUUCAACAGAGCUGAGCAUUCAGUUAGUGAAGCUUACUGUAAUUAGAGAAGAAUCAUCAAAUUUUGGAAGAGCAAGAAAUCAGGAACCCCGUGGACUCUCAAAAGCUUUAUUUUAUGGGUGGUAGUCUUUUUUCAAUUUAAUUAGUCUGAGCUGGUUGUUCAAGGAUUAAUCAAGACCAUAGUUGGGAUGAAAGCUAUCCGCAGCAUGAUCAGACCGGCAAACAUUCAAGGUACAUUUUAUAUUUUGGAAAUGUAGCACUAAGAGUUCAAACCUUUUGUUAUUAUGCAUAAAUUUCAAUCACACCUGAAAAUUCAUCGACAUUAAGCAUCACGCAGCAUGAACUACUUGUCUUAUUCUCAAGAAAAGCUUAUUGCUCUAUCAAAAAAAGAAAGCUAUUGUGCCUCCAACAUGUGACUAUUUGCCACCAAGUUUGUGUGCCCUCAGAGCUUGAACCUUCGACUGCAAGAUGAAUCUAGUAUAGAUGAAGGAGCCCUUGCUGGUAAUAAUGAGCAGUAUCUUAUUAUUACUGCAAAUCAAAAUCCAUGAAUACCUCGACAUUGUAUGUAAUAAAGCCAAAUAUUCGUCUGAGAUGAAAGAUGAUAGUCCUUUUUGUAAUAUACAUGUUAGAUUAGAUAUUGACAUGCAUUUUACAGUGAUCUAUGACGAUUUAGUCCGCUUCUAUUAAUUUUUAUCAUUGGAAUGUGAUAUAACUGAUUGAUGAA